UAUGACCGUUUCCGGAUGUCAUCUUGAUAUCCGCCCGUACUUUAUUCAGAGAUUAUACGCGCCUUAUUAGAAAUAGGGUUGUGACCUCCAUUAGAUUAUAUCGAAAAUAUUUCAACUUUACUCCAACAAAAAAUGGCAGAAAGUGAAUCAAGAAUAGUUAUGAUAGCAGUUGAUGCUAGUGCUCAAGCAGAUGAAGCCUUUGAAUGGUACCUGACUAACAUGGCAAGAGACUCGGAUGAUGUAAAGGUUGUAAACUGUGCGGAGUUUCAUUUAGACCUUUCUGUUGGUAUUAAUUAUGAUGAGAAACAAAUUGCUCAAAUAACCGAACAGGUGAAGAAACAACAGAACGAGGUUGAUAGCCUGAAGAGUAAAUUUGUAGAUAAAUUGAGAGGAAAGGGACCAAAUGAUCAAAUGAUUAAGAUUAAGGGUGAAGCCUUUAUACUGACUGGUAAGAAACCAGGAGAAGCUAUCAUUGAGGCUGCAGAAACCCACAAAGCUAACCUUAUCAUCUGUGGAACCAGGGGAUUAGGAAAGAUCCGUCGUACCUUUAUGGGAAGUGUUAGCGAUUUCAUUGUUCAACAUGCAAGAUGCCCUGUUGUGGUAGUCAGGAAAUGAUGAACAUGAACUUAGAUAAGAAGAUUGUUACAUUUAUGUCUUGAGAUAGUGCUCUUGAACAGGAUUUUUAUUAGUAAAUUUAUUGUUUAUUUUUGUGCUUCAAACUCUGUUCAUGGUUGUAUUUACAGUAUCAAUGCUCUUGGUCAUUAUAGUAAAUUCUUAAGGUAAAAAAACUUUGAAAAUAAGAUAUUUUGCAUUAUUUUAGAUUUUGUUAGAAUACUUGUCAUAUUUUUAGCUUAUUUGUGAAAUAAAUAAUUUGUUUAAUAAUUGUAUUUUACAGUUCAUGUCAAAUUUUUAAGCAAUAGUUGUUUGUUUUGAUUACAGUAAAAUUUUGUAUUUGUUUAUUAUAAUGAAGAUGUAUUGGUACUAAAUAUUAGAUUUUUCACAUUAAUAAUUAUUCUGAGUAGAUGUAGUUUAGAUCUAGUAGUCUUGCCAAACUAUUAUUGUAAGCUGGAAUUAAAAUAUGUUACAGAAUUGCAUAUCAAAUGUUUUAAAUUGUUAUCAAUAAACUGAGGUGCUCUAUGAAUUUAUCAUAGGUGAUUGUACAAAGCAUCUUUUACCAGCUCAGAUCUUUUUUGAUUCUUGAAUUUAUAAUUGUUUACUGAAGUGCAAUUUUAAUUCCAGCUUCAAUUUGUGACCUUUUUUAAUACACUUUUAUACUUACUUUGCAUGCAACGAUAAAAUGUAACAUUCCUAAGGUUUUAAGACCACUAUAUAUUGAAUUAUAACAUAUUUACUAUUUAUUCUCUGCUGGAUUUUUUUUUACUUUAAUUCACAUUAUCCUUUUUCUUUAGUUUUAUGUAAAUUAUCCCCCCUUAGUCACAUAAUCAUUUGAUUGAGAAUUACUUCAUAUGUUGUAUAUAUUUUUCACUAGAUCAGCUGUGAUUUAAAAACUUCAUUGAUAACAACAAAAAAACUCAUCAAAUUGAAAUAAAUAAAAUGACUAAUUAGAGUAUUAAUUUUAUAAGGAAAAUAAUGACAAUGAAAUUAAAUGUAAUUUUUAAAACAUGCAUAUUUUUCCACAAACACAAAAAACAGCAAUAUUUUGAAAACUGACCCUUGAAAUGAGUGUGUAAAUAAUAUUGUAACUAUACUAACCAGAGUUAUAUAUUGAAAGAUGUAAGAGCUAAAUAAUGUUUGAUAAUUUCUGAAUGUGAAGAGAAAUGAUUGAUUCUCCAAUGAUAUCUAGGUUAUUGAAAUUUUAGGCUGUAUGAACAUUUUCUUGCAGAUAAAACAGCAACAUGAAUACAUUAUGAUUAUCUUAAACUGCUUACCGUAGUUUUAUUUAGUUGAUCAGGCAUUUACUUGAAUUUGAUGGCUUUAGGUGACGAAUGUAAUGUUUAGAUAAAGGGAAAUAACUGCUAUUUUUCAUUCUAUCAUGCACAUUUUUAAAAGUUGUGAAAUAUGAUUUAGCUCAAGAAAAGAUUUAUAAAAUGAGAAUGGGAGGCCCUGUCAUAUUGGAAAAAGAUACUACCUCGUUUCAUUGCGAUGUAACAUUUUUAUACAGCUGAACAAAAGCCAAGCCUUUAUAUUGAUGUACAUUUAUGUAAAUUAUAAAUUAUUUGAAAUUAUACCUUGUUCUGUACAGUGGCUAGUGCAUUCUAAAGAGGAUUUAUGUGGCAGGUUCCAUAGAAAUGCUUUUUGUUUAGAUUCAUUUGAAAAAAAGCAGAUCAUUUGGGAUUUUUCAUGUAUGCAAAAAUAUCAACUAUGAAGUGAAUUAAAAAGAUUUGGUGUUCAAUUGUGACUUGUAGCAUGUAGACAAAGCUCUUUAGAAUUGGUCAUUACUUUUCAUAAACACAUCAACAAACACCACUACUUUGUAUAAUGAUUGUUAUAGUUCAAGUUGUAGAUUAAAUUAAGAUGGAUAAGAAUUCUCAAAAAGACGGAAUCUCACAGAAAGUAUAAUAAAAUAUAAUCGGUAAUAAAAAAUGUUUUUGAUACAAUGUGAAAUUGAAACUUGUAUAAUUAUGAUAAUAUGUUUUUAUACGGAAAUUGUUCUUAUGUCAUAUUGUUCAAAACAUCAAAUGCUCAGAAAAUACAUAAUAGGUUUUGGUGCAAUUUAUUAUUUAUAGAAGAAUACAUUUCUUGUAGUACAUUUUAGAAACCUAACGACAUUACACUUUUCAUAAGCAGAAAGUAUUACUAUCAGAAUACGCAAAUUCAAUUAUAUUUAAGUUGUUUCACCAGGAUCAAAAUCAAUCUUCCUAUGUUAACAAUUGCCAUAUGUUUGCCAUCAUUGAUAGAUCUUUUUACUUAUGAAGGUGUAAUGUUUGUGUUCACCAUUUUAUAUUUCUUUGCUUGUAAUUGUUCACAUAAUUGGUAUCUCUUCUCAAACCAGUCCUUUAGCUUUAUAUACAGACAAUAAAGAUUUUGUAGAAACACUAAUUCAUAAUAAAUAUCUAGGCAAUG